AUGACAGCCAAUAUUCGACAAAAAAAAGUUGCUGCUGCUCUCCUACUAUUGCAGGAACAAGAAUCCGUUUUACUUACUUUGAAUCAAUAUAUGAUUUCGACUGAACAAACGAAAGUGAAAAAAUCGGUUGAAAAUUUUUAUAGAAUAGUCUUCAGAAAUAUCUGGGUGUGGAACUUGAACAUUUUAACUUUUUUGCGAAAUCUUUGUUCUGACGACAUCAGUAGAAUCGAUUCAAUCCCAGCUCCAGUCCGUAUUCAUAUUUUUUUGAAGUAUGCUCGUGAAGGUAGAUCCCAGAACUAUCUGGCUCAGGAUCUUGGUAUAAGUCAGUUUACAGUGUCACGAAUAGUAAAUAAUGUAGUAGACAAGCUGAAGUCUUCUGAUGCAUCUACGAUCGCUCCUGGUUUGACUCCAGAGGAAUUUCACGGAACACCGUCAACGACGUAUUCUGGGUCUUCUGAAUCUUCUGACACACAGUGA